AUGGAGAAUUCACAGGAUGGAGGUCCUAGGAGAACCAACCAAUCAGAAGAAGUGGCAGGAAGUCUGCUCAGUGUGAGAAGUCCAACAGUGGAAAACACCUCCAGGGUGAGGAGGCUUCUGUGGCAUGAGAGGGAAAGUCUGGUGCCUGGAGAGGUCCAGAGCACUCAGUUCAUGGAAUUCUCAGAAGUGGAGAAUCAGGAUGACUUCUACACUCUGGGAGCUGGAUACAUCCAUGUUCAGGACCAGCAGGGAGCUUAUGUGAUGUAUGACUGUGCCUUACGUGAUCUGGAGGAACUGGAGAGCCAGCUACUGCUCAUAGUGAGCCAUUACAUCGAGAAAGAAAAAAGCCACAAAAGGGGUAAUGAAUCCAGGAGCAGCAGUCUCCCAGAAUGGGCCCAUGCAAGCGUGGAUCGAUUUGCAGUGCUGUUUGACGUAUGGACUUGGGAGGCUACUUUUCUAGAAAACAAACGCCAGCUUCUUGACAGUUACUUUGAAGCUUAUCAACAUGUCUUUGAUCAGGAAGAGAGAACUGCCUUGGCCCAGGUGAUAACAGACAUCAUGCACCAUCGCCCCCGGUUUGAUUUUAGCCAUCCUUAUUUCGAGAAUGCCUACAGGGCUGAAUGCAUCAACUUGAGGCUUCAUCUACAGCUGGUGAGGGACAUAGUCAACAGACAUGUGAGUAGAACCUGUUUAGUAAACAAUAACCAGAGAGGAAGAGGUGAAGUCAGCCUAGUGAAUGGCCUUUUCUACUCAUGGAUAAUCCUGGAUAUCUUUUCGCCAGAAGACCCGAGAACCCUUUACACUUAUUCUCAGUGCUUAUUUGCAAAACUUAAUUUCGUGCAUCAUGGCUUAAUGAAUAGAAAGCUGAUCUUGCAGUCCAGAAGAUCUGGAUCCUAGUCCCCUCUCAGAAACUUAAUAGGACAAGUUACUAACUUCUUAGUGCUCCAGCAAUUUUCUCUAUAGAUGAUCCUCAAGGGUCUGUCCUAGUCCUUCUCCCCUUCAUUUUUUUUAAAAUUUUAUGUAUUUAUUUUAAUGCACAUUGCUUUAUGAAUUGUGUUAGGAGAGGAAAAUCAGAACAAAAAGGGAAAACCAAGGGAGAGGGGAAAAAAACAGAAAAAUUACUGUUUACAUUCAAUCUUCACAGUUCUUUUCUGGAUGCAUAUGAAGUUUUCUAUCCAAAAUUUAUUGGGAUUGCCUU